UAAGUUGAAAUAUUUGCUACCAAGUGCGAGACUGCAUUGUAUAAAAAUGGCGGACAAGUCAUUAGAAUUUGGCAUUUGAUUAAAAAGAAAACUGUUACAAAAUGCCACCGAAAAAACCAGUACCAACAAAAGCGCCUGCAGCACGAGGUCGGGGCGGAACUGCCGUUCGAGGAGGACCUGCUGCAGGAAGGGGUGCUGCAGUUGGAAGAGGUGGUCCGGCUGGAAGAGGUGGUCCAGUCAAAAAAGGUGCAACACCAGCACAAGGAGCAAAGAAAGCACCAGAAAAACCCAAGGAAAAAGUAUGGACAGAAAAGGAUGAUGCUGCUAGAAAGAUACAGACAAAAUUCAGACAGUACAGGGCAAAGAAGGCUCUUGAGAAAAAGAAAAAAGAGAAAGAAGACUACAAUGAUUUGAUGGAUAAGUUAGAAAAAGAGGCUUUUGUAAAGUUGGUACAAAUGGAACAAGAAAAAGCAGAAAAACAAAGACAGAAGGAAGAAGAAGAAAGAAAGAGAAAAAGAGAAGAAAAACAAAGAAUGAAAAGAAUGCUAGAAGCUGCAUUUGAUGGCGAUGUUGAGGAAAUGACACUUGUUUUGAAAGAGGUAGUCGCAGCAGACGACAAGUAUGGAGUUGGUAAAGAUGAUGUCAUUGGACGGGCAUUGCGAGCCAAACAUAUCAUGAAUGUUGUAGAAUGUGAAGAUGCCAAUGAAAAUACACCUAUAUCUGAAGCUGCAAGUGGUGGUCACACAGAUGCUAUCAAAUUUUUGCUGGAGAGAGGAGCAGAUCCUAAUAAGAAAGGACAGUUUAUGAGGACUCCACUUUACAGGGCUGCCUUUGCUGGACAUCUUGAAGCUUGUGAGAUACUGCUACAAAAUGGUGGUGAUCCAAGAAUCUAUGCUUCUGAUGGACAGACACCUGAACAGAUAGGUUCAGUCCCUGCUAUAGCAGAGUUAAUACAGAACUGGGAUAUCACACAGACUGAUACAUUACUGGAGAAAUUAGAGGCUGACAAGGAGAGGAGGAAGGAGAUGGACAGACAGAAACGAGAGGCUGAAACUAGCAAGCUAGAAGAUGUUUUGAAAGAAGUACAAGAAGAGUAUAACAUCAUGGAAAAGAGGUUUCAACAUGCAUACUGUGAGUUACAGAAGAGAAUAUAUGAGCAUGAUGCUGGACCAUCAAUGGGAUUUGACAAACCAGAAAUCACCCUACAGGCUAUACAAGACCAGGAAUGUGAAGUUGAGGUGUUAAAAAUUGACCUAGAUAAAGCUCGAGACAAGCUUGCCAUGGCUAAACUUAAACUCAGGGAACAGCAGAAAGGGGGAGAAGAUAUGGAUGAAGAUGACUUACCAGGGGUGAAGGUCACUAUACGUGAGCUAGAUGAUGUACUGAUGAGAGAUAUAGGAAAUAGAAUUAGAGACUCUGGCAAGUGGGCAUUGAUAAUAGAUCCUAACGCUCAAGCUGCAACUUUCUUACGUUAUCGGGACACUAAUUACCUCAAUACACUUAGUCCGGCACAGAUGGAACCCGAGAAAGUACGCAUGUCGGUUCUCGGUGCAAUCAGGUAUGGUAAACCACUGAUAAUUGAUAUGAUGGAGGUAGAUAUGUUUCAUGCUGUAGAGAGAAGAUUUGAUGAGGUAACACCAGGACUUCUUAAUGCUAUCAUGGAUAAGUCUAUCAUGCAGGAACAGGAGUAUUUAAAGCUGGUGAAGGAGACAGAUCCACCUGAGUAUCAUAAAAAUAAAUUCAACGACCUCCGUACUGCCAACUUCAAACUUUUCAUCAUUACAAAGAACAAAUUCCCAGUGGAAGAUCUUCUAGAUAGAACAUAUCCAAUCAGAGUACAUGUACCAAUCACAUGAUCACUUCAUUAAUGUUAAUAUCCAAUCAGAGUACAUGUACCAAUCAUGUGAUCAUUAAUGUCAAUAUCCAAUCAGAGUACAUGUACCAAUCACAUGAACACUUCGUUAAUGUUAAUAUCCAAUCAGAGUACAUGUACCAAUCACAUGAUCACUUCAUCAAUGUUAAUAUGCGUGUGAUUCUUAUAAGUUUUGUAUACUGUAGAUAUUUUGUUUAAGAAUAUGAUAAAAAAUAAAUAAAUUUAUAUUUAGAUUGAUACACAGAAAAAAUAGGCUUUAUAAUGUUUUAUUUAUGUGGUAAAUGUUGUUGGGUUGAUUUACUUCUAGCUGUUUGUUCAUACAUUUGUCAGUUAAAUAAUUGUUUAUUUCUUUAUAGUGAACCUGAGCAUAUUUUCACUUGUAUUUCAUAAAAUGUUUUGAAACUUAUUAUUUCAAGGAGUAUAUCUGAAUUUUGUGUAUAGGAUCCCAGAUAAAUACUAUAUUUUGACAUUUUAUUCUAAAUUUAUAUUUCAUUAUGGACUUUUUUGCAAAUGUAUAAAUAAAUGUUUUGCAGGGUUUUAUAGAAACAAGAUGUAAAAAGAAUUUAAAGAUUUCAUAACAUUUUUCACUUAAUUUGUUUUUCAUGAUAUAUUCAUUAACAUCUAUAAAAUGUCUUCCUUGCUAAUAUGCAAAUCACUUUUCUCUUGUUAUGUUUUGUUUCAUAUCCAUUAGCAUAUAUAUUAAUGUUAGCAUGGGAAUGUACUUUUAUGUUUGAAUUAUCACUGUUAACAUUUUCAUUUUAUAAUGUCCCUGUAGUAUAUUAAGAGAUUUACAUGCAUAAGUUUUACACAUGCAUAUGUAUUAUAAUAAUUGCUAUAUAAUAUUUGUAAUGUAUUAACAUGUUAGCAGAUAUGUUAACAAAUGACUGGAAUGCAAUCAUACAAUAUUUAGAAGUAAUCAGAUAGAAUAUAAAGUUUAGAAAGGGAGAUAAUAUAAGGUCAUAGAGUGCUUUUAUUGACAAAUGUUAGAGCUGUUCGAAUCACGAGUAUUGAUAUAAGCGCCAUCUUGUGCCACAUAAUGAUGCUAGAGAUCUAGUUUGGUUCUUCUACAAUCAUUUAGGUCACCUGUUUUACUAGUAUGCCAAAUUAGCCAAAGCUGCCAAUUUUUUAAACUUUCCAUUACAGUUAUAUGUGUUUUAAUUCAUAAAUCAUUAGGUACUGAUUUGAUAAUAGCUAACUAAAAUCAAAUUAUUAUUUUUUAACAUAAAAUGCUUUAGAUUUAUAUAAAUUCAAUAUUUCACUAUUCUUGUCUAUUGCUUAUAAACUAAUAUAACAUGAUGAAUAUUUAUUGUGUUCCAGAUCCUACCAAUUGAUGAAUUCUAAAUUCAUGCUACUUGUACUCGUGCAGUAAACAACACACACUUGUUAUUUUAAAAUCUGCAGACAUUUCAUUUUACAGUGAACAUAUGGUUGCUAUUAUUUUACACUGCAUUCAUUUCAUGUUCCAGACUAUUGUUCUAGGGUUUUAUGGAAAUAUUGUUAUACAUGUAAUAUGUGAAUAUUGAAAUUUACUCUUAAACAUAUAUAUGAAAUGAAUGAUAUAGUGUUUGUUAAUUCAAGAUGUAUUAUUUCUUUACUUUUACUUACAUAUUUAAUAAGCAAAUACUGUGAUAAUGCAUUUACACUUGAAACAUCCGUCCUUUAUAUAACAAAUAAACAUUCUACAAUCAAUAA